UUAUCUGACUGCGUCGAUAUUUUCUGCGCAAAGUAGCACCAUUGCCCUGUUCCACCGAAAUCUGCGCCUCUUAGUUAUGCUGUGCAUCACUGCAGCAAUAUGCAGUGGUGUGCGUGGUUGCAUGUUCGGCAUUGCUAAUAUGAUCCUUGUCAAACGAGUGAGGGAAAGACUAUACUCAACUCUACUUCUGCAGGACAUAUCUUUUUUUGACUCUGAAACAGUUGGUGAUUUGACAAGUAGGCUUGGUUCGGAUUGCCAACAAGUAUCACGUGUGAUAGGAAAUGACUUGAAUCUGAUACUGCGCAAUGUUCUUCAGGGUUCAGGUGCUUUGAUCUACUUAUUGGUUUUGUCGUUGCCACUUGGACUAUGUGUAUUGGGCAUCUGCAUCUCCCUCUCAACUAUUAUGCUGAUAUAUGGCCAGUACCAAAAGCAAUCGGCCAAGUUAACUCAAGAGUUUACUGCUUCAGCCAAUAAUGUUGCCCAAGAGACAUUCUCUUUGAUGAGAACUGUUCGGGUAUAUGGGACAGAGCAACAAGAACUUGGAAGGUACGAAAGUUGGCUGGAGAAAUUAGCUGGCAUAAACUUGCGACAGAGUGCAGCUUACGGGUUCUGGAACUUCGGCUUCAACACUCUAUACCAUGCAACUCAGGUCAUUGCUGUGGUGAUAGGGGGAAUGUCCAUUCUGAGCGGUCAAAUUACAGCGGAGCAACUGACAAAGUUCAUUUUAUACAGUGAAUGGCUAAUCUAUUCCACAUGGUGGGUCGGGGAUAUAUCAAAUUUGAUGCAGUCUAUUGGAGCAAGUGAAAAAGUUUUUCACCUGAUAGAUCUUUCACCCUGCGAUCAGUUUACUGCAAAAGGCUUAAGGCUACAAAAGUUGAUAGGACGGAUUGAGUUUGUGGAUGUGUCCUUCCACUAUCCUUCCAGGCCUUCAUUGUCUAUACUGCAGAACUUCAACUUGACAGUUCAUCCUGGGGAAGUAGUUGCCAUUGUUGGCCUGAGUGGUAGUGGGAAGAGCACCGUAGUGAACCUUUUGCUCCGUCUAUAUGAACCGACAAAUGGGGAGAUAUUGAUUGAUGGCCACCCGAUGAAAUCCCUGAAUGUUAAGUGGUUAAGAGAAAGGGUCGGAUAUGUGGGACAGGAGCCCCGACUCUUCCGCAUGGAUGUAAGUUCAAAUAUAAAGUAUGGAUGCCCUCGAGCUGUUACUCAGCAGGAUGUGGAAUUGGCUGCCAAGCAGGCUUUUGCUCAUGAUUUUAUACUAGCCCUGCCGAAUGGCUACCAAACCCUAGUUGAUGAUGAUUUGCUCAGCGGAGGACAGAAGCAGCGUAUUGCGAUUGCUAGGGCCAUCCUUAGAGAUCCGAGCAUUCUGAUUAUGGAUGAAGCUACAAGUGCUCUAGAUGCAGAAAGUGAACACAAUGUUAAGGGUGUUCUUCGCACUGCAAAAACCGAGAUGCAAAAUAAGAGGACAGUUUUUGUGAUCGCACACAGAUUAUCGACAAUCCAAAACGCAGGCAGGAUAAUUGUAAUGGAUAGUGGUAAAAUUGUUGAGAUGGGCGACCACACGGAUCUCCUAAUGAAAGAUGGUUUGUACGCACGAUUGAUAAGAAGACAGGCAGAUGCAGUUGCCUGAACUUGUAGAGCAGAUACUCCUAUAGAUCUUAUACGAGAACAGAGUAGGACGACAAAACUCGAGCACAUACAACCAUACCUGCCGUUGCUGGCUGGCUGAAGAGGAAAUAUUGAUCACAUCUGGCAGCGCCAUUGGCUAACUGAAGAGGAAACCUUGACCACCUCAGAUCUUUAUAAAUGGGGUUUGAGAUACAAAGAAAGUGUAUUCUUUUUUGCUCGACCUCCUUCCAUUGAUAUGAAAGGAAAUUAUGAUGUUUUUCAUCUAUUCAUAUUUGGCCUCUGUUUCCAUCAGAGGGGGUUGACUGGUUGAUCAUUUCAAGAUUUUAAACAAUAUUGAAUUUGUCGUGUUUCA